UCCUCCUCUACGGUAUAAAUCACUGUGUGAUCCUCAUGUUGCCAUUUGUGACUUGUAAACCGCCUCUGACUUAAUUCAGCUGAGUGACGGUGACAGUAAACAUGAUAAUCCUCGGGUGGACUGUUCUGGUGCUGUGUGCUGCCCUGGUCUCCACAGCUCAAGUAUCAAAGAAAUGCUCAGCCCCGCCGAAAUAUCCUCAGACCAAACUGAAUGAGAAGUAUGGCAGCAGACAGACGUUCAGCAGCGGAGAGAAGGUUUACUACAACUGCGCUGAGGACUUCGCUCCAUCCCGAGGCAGCAGGUCUGCGGAGUGUGUGGAGGGAAGUUGGACCAAACUGACGCUCAAGUGCGAAAAGCAAUCGUGUGGCUACGCGGGCGAUCUAUACAAUGGUCAGCUCCAUUAUGAAGGGAAUUCGUUCAUUGGGGAGAAAGUUUAUGCAACAUGUAAUGAGGGAUUCACUCUGAAAGGAGUGAACUUCAUGAUAUGCAAGAAGUCUGGGUGGACUGGUGAAUUUCCAAAGUGUGAAGCGGCAGAGAAAACCUGCUCCGCCCCUGUUUUGGCCAACUCUGCCAGCAGUGGUGGAAAGGAUCUUUUGUACCGAGUUGGAGACAAAGUGACCUUCACCUGCACUUCAGGUUUCCAGCUGCACGGAGCUCAGCAGGUCACUUGCGGACCCAGUGGCCAGUGGCAGCCUCAACUGCCUCAGUGUCUGCCUUCACCUAACAAAACUGAACCGUCCUCUGACAAACAAACAGGUGGAUGUGGUGUUCCACCAGCCGUCGGCAACUCAAAUUCCAACCUCGCGGACAAGUACAUCACCAUGACAUCUUUUGCUUCUGGUGACAGAGUCCAAUUCGCGUGUGAUGUUGGAUAUGUCUCAGCGGGCGGCAGCAGAUACCGCACGUGUAAUAAUGGCAAAUGGACACCAUUGCGUCUAAAAUGUGAACGAAAACAGUGUGGCUAUGCUGGAGAGAUUCUCAAUGGACAGUUCACAUACACAGGAGUAGAGUUUGGAGACACUGCUACUGGCGUCUGCGAUGAGGGGUAUGUUCUGGUAGGGAGGGGAACCAGAAACUGCCUUAGUAGAGGCUGGGAUGGACGUGUUCCUGUUUGUGAAGCUAUGACGUGUCCAGAGCCUUCACAGGAGACAAAUGCAGAGUUGCGAGAACUUAAGGAGCCUCCUCACACAUACAGGAGUGUAGUGCGCUAUUGGUGUCCCGUGGGAACACUUGUUGGACAAAAGGAGAUCUGGUGCACCAAGAAUGGGACAUGGAGCGCACCUCCUCCAAAUUGCAAAGAAAUUUCAUGUCCAUCUCCAAAUGUGUCCAAUGGCUUCUGGAGAGGAGCUCACAAUAAUAUUGCGUACCAAUACAGGGAGAAUACAUCGAUUAAGUGUAACCCAGGCUACACUCUGUUUGGCUCCAGCACAGUUAUGUGUGGCUAUGAUGGCCGCUGGUCCCCUGGCCUCCCCGAAUGUAGACGCACGGCCCGUGACAGCUACCGGAGGCGCUACCAUGCCAAAUGAAAUGUGGAGGAUGAAGUAAUUAAUCCCUUAUCUAAUGCUUCUUUUCAAAAUACACAUUCUAAUAAUGGACUAACAAUAACAAUUUGCUGAUAUAACGUAUUAUACAGGCAUUAAAAUUAGUUUGAAAUGAA